UUUUUAGAAAAGAUAAUUUAUGCAAUGUAAUUGAUAACAAAAUGAAACUUGGUUGACCACCUUGCUGAAAUAAAUGAUGGCAAGCACAUCAGACAGUUUAAUUAAGACAAAAUCCAAAGCUGUCGACUCACCCAUACGAUUCUUACCAAGUUUACCAAAGACACGUCAAAAACCAGAAUGGCAGCAGACGUUAUUUAAAGGUAAAUCAAGAUCUGGCCUUAACAGUGGCUUAGAUGAGUUGCCAGCUGUGCUUGAUGGUAGAAAUGCUGUCAGCCAAAUGUCUAGUAUUUCCCGAUCCAAAAAGCAGGGUGGUAGAAUUCAAGAUAAAAGUUCAAUGUCAUACCCAAAGAAGGACCGAGAAGCAUUUCGCCAGGCUUUGGUUGGAAUUAUAAUGCAAAAUGAAGAUGCAACACAGCCACCCACAAUGCCAUCUGUAACAGACAAAGAUUAUAUUGCUGAACGCUCAGGAUCACCAUCUGUAGCUGAAAAAGAUAUAUUGAGAUAUUACUACUAUAUACAUCAUGGAAUUGACACGAAGAAUGUAGCACCAAUGGAAGACAUGUGGAUUGAUAAUGUACUAUCUCUUGUUCCAGAGUCCUGCAAGAUAAAUCUUGAGGAGUACAUCAGUACGCUGUCUGACGAAGUUCGUGAAGACUAUUUGCUCAGUGUGAAAAAAGCUAUUGUUGAUUUUGUUCUUCGUGAUCCACGAGAAAAAGAAGAAAAUAUCACAAAAGAGGUUCUGCCCCAUUGUAUUGAAAUGAUGCAAGUACCAAAACCUUGGAAGAAGUCAUUUCUAACUGCAUGUGCACGUAUAGAGCAAAAUCUUUACAUUACCAACCCCACUAUGGCUGCUGUUUUAAACCUAUGGCAUAGAAACUACGGGGAAUUAACGUUAAUAGAUCCUGAGGAUGUCAAAACAAGAGAAGAAUCAAUGGAGCUUGCAUUUUUUCAAAAUCUCAUGGUGAGACAUAUUGAAGGUGGAAAGGACCAGCUGUUGAAAAGAUGGUUUCCGGAAGUACAAAACAUCUUUUAUCAUGGAAACAAGAAAAGGCUAAUCCCAGGAAGUCAACAAACAAGGAAGUUAAAUGCAUUUUUUAAUGCUGCUGCAGUACUUAUGAGUAACCAACUGCAGUGUCUCGCAUUUUUAUCCCUGAAUAAAUAUGAGUCUUUGUUAGAUCAUGUUCCACAUUUUAAAAAUAUGUUUAAUCACCCAGGGUUUAUUGUCAGACUUGUGUUAGAUGGCGAAGAAGUAAAAUUUGAACCAGAUUUCCAUGAUUUUGAAGUCAUCUUGUUAAAUGUUUUUGAUGUUAUUGUUAAAGCAGUGAUGAUUGUGCCAUGUAUCGAGACGAAAUUAUAUUCUGAAUGGUCUGGUCAAAAAAAGUUUUUGAAACCAAAUAUUGCUGAUGAAAUAGUUGAUACUUUAAAAGACAAAAUAAAGGAGUUGAUCGAGAAUCAAAGUAUGGGACCAAUAAAUCAUGCAAAGCUGUUUGAUAAAUUUGAACAGCUAAUCACAUUACAAGGUGAUGCGGAUAUUGAGCAGUUUUUAAGAGAAGACCAUAGCUUUGAUGAAUAUAUCGAAAAAGUGAAAGAAUAUAAUGACUUGGUUGAAGAGAUAACAUAUGGUUGUCAAAAGGUUGCAAAAAUAGGCAUGUUUGAACUUCAUUGUGAUGAGCUGAUUAGAGCACUUUCAAAGCGAGCAGAAAGUCAAAGGAUGAAACUGUUAACAAAGAUGUUACAAGAUCAUCAAACAUACAAUAAAACUUUAUGCGAUGCUUACGAGGAGAUUGCAGAAAAAGCUUUAACUUCUCCAUCUAGCACGGAACAUUUAAUGGAACUUAAAUCUUAUAUUGAGCAAGUUGAAAAUGAAACAAUAUUUGAAUUAGAAACUAAAUUGAUAAACACAAGAGACCGGUUGGGCUUUCUUCUUGAUUUUGUUGCUUUCUCCCCUGCAGAUAUUCGUAUGAAUAACAGUGUCUUUCAAUGGCAUCAAAGAAUGCCAGAAGUAUUCCAAGAGCAUCGCAAGAUCGUUAAUGCAAAUCGUAUGCAAUAUGAGAAUGCCUUAAAGAUGAGACGUGAACGUUUUAUAGAGGAUUUGGAUGGCUAUUCUAGGCAAAUUGAGGAAUUCCAUUCGUUUGGAGAAUUGCAUGAGAUUUCCAGAUAUCUAAAGAAAGCAAAGGCAUUACAUUCCAGACUUGAAGUAGCAUCGGAUAAGAUUAAUGCAAUCAAUGAAGAGGAAGAAGCAUUCGGAUGGGACACCACAACAUAUCCGUUACGACAACAAGUGGUAAAUCAGUUGAAUCCAUUCUUGAAAUUAUACCAAACAACUGUGGAAUUUGAAAAUCAGUAUAAAACAUGGAUGGAAGGUCCUCUGGGCUCGGCAGAUCCAGAUUUUAUAGAACAAGAAACAGGAAAUAUAUGGAGAGCUUUUUACAAACUUGAAAAACAGUUUAAAGAUACACCACCUGCCCAAAAUAUUGCUGCAAAGAUGAAAGAGAAAGUUGAUUCAUUCAAAGACCAUUUGCCACUGGUUGCGCUUUUGUUCAAUCCUGGGCUUCGUGACCGUCAUUGGGAUGCUAUGUCAGAGAUUGUCGGCUACCCACUUCGUCCAGAUGAAGGAUCAAAUUUGCAGAAGUUUGUUGAUAUGAAUUUGGAGCCCUUCCUUCAAAAGUUUGACAAUAUAAGUGAAGCUGCUAGCAAAGAAUAUUCUUUAGAAAAAGCACUGGAAAAGAUGGCUACAGAAUGGAAAGAUAUGUCAUUUGUCAUCAUUCCAUAUCGGGAAACUGGUACAUAUAUUCUUUCAUCUGUUGAUGACAUUCAAAAUCUUCUUGAUGAUCAAAUUGUGAAAACACAGACAAUGCGGGGAUCACCGUUUAUAAAACCUUUUGAGGAAGAGAUUAAAAACUGGGAAGGAAAGUUACUUUUAAUACAAGAAAUUUUGGAUGAAUGGUUAAAAGUGCAGGCAACAUGGUUGUACUUGGAACCUAUAUUUAGUUCUCCAGAUAUUAUGGCACAAAUGCCUGAAGAAGGGAGACGUUUCAGUACAGUGGAUAAAAACUGGAAGGAUACCAUGAAACAAGUCUUGCUUGACGAACAUGUGAUGGUUGUAUCUGAAAUAGACGAACUGCUGGAAAAGUUAAAAAAAUCCAACGAACUGCUUGAACUUAUUUUGAAGGGUUUGAAUGAAUACUUGGAAAAAAAAAGGUUAUAUUUCCCCAGGUUUUUUUUCUUGUCAAAUGAUGAGCUGCUGGAGAUCUUAUCAGAGACAAAAGAUCCUACUAGAGUCCAACCUCACCUGAAAAAGUGCUUUGAAGGCAUUGCAAAGUUGGAAUUUACAGAGGAACUGGAUAUAACGCAUAUGAAAAGUUCUGAGGGUGAAGUUGUACCAUUAAAUAAAAGUAUUUCAACUGCAGAAGCUCGAGGCCAAGUGGAGAAAUGGCUGUUAGAAUUGCAAAGUCUAAUGUUGGAAAGCUUAAGAGAAGUUAUCAUAGUAUCUAUGAAGAAUUACCCAGAAACCCUAAGAACUGAAUGGGUUAGAGCAUGGCCUGGGCAAGCUGUGCUUGCAGUUACACAGUUUUAUUGGACAGCUUAUGUACAAGAAGCAAUUAAAAGUGGACCAAAGCAACUCGAAGAUUAUUUGCAGUUGAAUAACACACAAAUUGACGAGAUUGUUGCUCUCGUUAGAGGAAAACUAUCAAAGCAAAAUCGUGCCACACUGGGUGCACUCGUUGUGUUAGAUGUUCAUGCUCGAGAUGUGUUGGUUGACCUUGUCAAAAAUGGAGUCAAGGGAGAAAAUGACUUUCAAUGGCUAGCUCAGCUAAGGUAUUAUUGGGAGGAAGAAAAUAUGAUGACAAGAAUGAUUAGUGCACAACUAGCGUAUGGUUACGAGUAUCUUGGAAAUUCUGGAAGAUUGGUUAUCACUCCACUGACAGAUCGCUGUUACAGAACAUUAUUUGGAGCAUUGCAAUUACAUCUUGGUGGUGCACCAGAAGGUCCAGCUGGUACUGGGAAAACAGAAACAACCAAAGAUCUUGCUAAAGCUGUGGCCAAACAAUGUGUUGUCUUCAAUUGUUCAGAUGGUCUUGACUAUAUUGCUUUAGGCAAAUUUUUCAAGGGACUUGCGUCAUGUGGAGCUUGGUCAUGUUUUGAUGAGUUCAAUCGAAUUGAUCUUGAGGUGUUGUCUGUGGUUGCACAACAAAUUCUAACCAUUCAAAUGGGAAUCAAUUCUGAGUGUGACACCAUGAUGUUUGAAGGCACGGAGAUUAAGUUAGAUCCAUCGUGUGCUGUUUUUAUAACAAUGAAUCCUGGUUACGCUGGAAGAUCUGAGUUACCAGAUAACUUAAAGUCACUUUUCCGAAGUGUUGCUAUGAUGGUCCCUGAUUAUGCAUUAAUUUCUGAAAUAUCACUGUACUCUUUUGGUUUUGUUAACGCGCGUCCACUAGCUGUCAAGAUUGUGACUACGUACACAUUAUGUUCAGAACAGUUAUCAUCGCAAUGUCAUUAUGAUUAUGGUAUGAGAGCUGUGAAAUCUGUUUUGACAGCAGCUGGCAACCUAAAGUUAAAAUAUCCUGAUGAAAAUGAAGAUAUUUUGAUUCUUCGAUCUAUCAUUGAUGUGAACUUACCAAAGUUUCUUGCCCAUGAUCUUCCAUUAUUUAAGGGUAUCACAUCUGACCUCUUCCCAGGCAUUGUCCUACCAGAGCCAGAUUACAUGAUAUUAACACAAGCAAUAAAGGAAAAUGCCCAAAAAUUGAAUUUACAGUUGACUGAGUUUGCCCUUACAAAGAUAUUGCAGGUAUAUGAGAUGAUGAUUGUAAGGCAUGGUUUUAUGUUGGUUGGGGAACCCUUUGGUGGUAAAACAAUGGCAUAUAAGGUGUUAGCUGGAGCUCUAUCUGACAUCAAAGAAAAGGAAUUGAUGGGUGAGAACAAGGUGCAGAUAUGCGUAAUCAACCCAAAAGCUAUCACCAUGGGUCAGUUGUAUGGUCAGUUUGACCAAGUUUCACAUGAAUGGUCAGAUGGUAUUCUAGCAGUCAAUUACAGAAAUUUUGCUUCAUCACAGACUCCAGAUCGUAAAUGGUUGAUAUUUGAUGGUCCAGUUGAUGCUGUAUGGAUUGAAAACAUGAAUACUGUGCUCGAUGAUAACCGAAAGUUGUGUUUGAACAGCGGUGAGAUUAUCCAGCUUGCACCAACAACAAACUUAAUAUUUGAACCUAUGGAUUUGGAAGUAGCUUCUCCUGCAACAGUAAGUCGAUGUGGAAUGAUUUAUAUGGAACCUCACAUGUUGGGUUGGCGACCUCUACUUUUGUCAUGGUUAAACACCUUACCAACAACCAUUAAUGAUGACAUGAAAGAUUUGAUCACUGAAAAUUUCGACAGGCUUGUUCCACCAAUGCUUAAUUUUAUUAGAAAGGGUGGAGUAAAGGAACUUUCUCCCACAACCAACACAAACAUUGUCAAAUCGUGCAUGAAUUUGAUGGAUUGCAUGUUGGAUGAAUUCCAAGACGAAGAAUCAUUUAAAAAGUUAAACGAAAGAGAAGUAGCAUCAUGGCUAGAAUGCAUCCUUUUGUUUUCUUGUGUGUGGUCAUUUGGUGCAACUAUAGACACUGAUGGAAGAACACUGUUUGAUAGUUUGUUCCGGGAACUAAUUGAUGGUCCAUUGUCAUUGGAUACUAAAGAUAAGUUUCAUAUUCUUGACAUGGUUGAUGGUCCUUCGAGACCGUAUCUCUGUCCAUUUCCAAGCAGGGGUACUGUUUUUGAUUACAGAUUCAUUAAAGAGGGCAUGGGAAAAUGGGAGUUAUGGACAGAUGAAAUUAAAGAUGCUCCACCAAUUCCUAAGGAUAUGGCAUUUAACGAAAUCAUUGUUCCCACCAUCGAUACUGUUCGAUAUACAUACCUUAUUAAACAGUUGGUGACACAUGGAAAAAGCAUACUGGUGGUUGGAAAGACUGGAACUGGAAAGAGUGUUUACAUUUCUGAUUUUCUGUUGCAACGUAUUGAUGAGAAAUACAAACCAUUGAUGAUAAACUUCUCUGCACAAACUACCGCUAAACAAACUCAAGAUAUAAUUAUGUCAAAACUUGAUAAACGAAGAAAAGGCGUGUUUGGUCCUCCGCUUGGCAAGAAAACUAUUGUGUUUGUGGAUGAUUUGAACAUGCCUGCCAGAGAAACAUAUGGUGCACAACCACCAAUCGAAUUGUUGAGGCAGUGGAUGGAUCACUGGCAAUGGUAUGAUCUGAAAGACACUUCUCCUAUCCACCUCACAGAUGUGCAGUUGAUGGCAGCUAUGGGUCCACCAGGCGGUGGUAGAAAUCCUGUCACUCCAAGAUUUUUACGUCACUUUAAUACAGUGACCAUCAAUGAAUUUGGUCCUACUCAAAUGACUAGAAUAUUUGGUCGCAUUAUGAACUGGCAUUUGACAACAACUGGUUUUGAUCCAAGCUACAAUGCUCUUGGUGAACAGCUCAUCAAGGCCACAAUUUCUAUAUACAGUUCCGCAAUGGACAACCUGCUACCAACACCAGCUAAAUCACAUUAUCUUUUUAAUCUAAGAGAUUUUGGACGAAUAAUUCAAGGAAUUUUACUAUCAAGACCAAGCACUGUGUCUGAUGAGGAUUCUCUUAAACGUCUAUGGACCCACGAGGUCUUUCGUGUGUACUAUGAUCGUCUCGUUGAUUCAGAAGAUCAACACUGGUUGACUAAUCAAGUCAAAGAAGUUAUAAAAACAGAGUUAAAAUCAGAUUUUAACCAGCUAUUCCUGCACCUGGAUAGAAACGAAGAUGGAGUUAUUGAUAAUAACGAGUUGCACGCCUUGAUGUUCUGUGAUUUUGUUGAUGUGAAGACUGAUCCAAGACCGUACCUAGAAGUUCAGGAACCAGACAAAGUUAGAAAAACUGUAGAAUCUUUUCUUGAUGAGUAUAACAACAUGAGCAAAAAGCCAAUGAAUCUUGUUUUGUUCAGAUUUGCAAUUGAGCAUGUGGCACGUAUUGCAAGAGUCCUUAAGCAACCGCGUGGUCAUUGUUUGCUGGUGGGUGUAGGUGGAAGUGGUAGACAAAGUUUAACAAGACUGGCGUCAUUUAUGUCAGACUAUGAUCUACAUCAGGUUGAAAUUUCACGUGGUUACACCAGUGUUGAAUGGAGGGAAGAUCUGAAGUUGAUUUUAAGAAAAACAGUCGAAGGAGAAGUUCCUGGUGUGUUUUUAUUUACCGACACUCAAAUCAAGCAGGAGUCCUUUCUAGAGGAUUUGAAUAAUUUGCUAAAUGCUGGAGAAGUACCUAAUUUAUUUGCGUUGGAUGAGCGACAAGAAAUAUGUGAGAAGAUGAGACAAAUUGAUAAGCAAAAGGAGAAAGCUCGUCAAACAGAUGGUUCACCUCUGGCAUUGUUUAAUAUGUUCAUUGAGCGAACGAAAGAAAUGUUGCACAUUGUUCUAGCAAUGAGUCCUAUAGGAGAAGCAUUUAGAAAUCGAUUGAGGAAGUUCCCAUCGUUGAUUAAUUGCUGUACAAUAGAUUGGUUUCAGGAGUGGCCAGAAGAUGCACUAACAGUCGUUGCACAGAGAUUUCUCGCUGAUGUGAAUCUUUCCUCUCAAGUUAUAAAAGGGUGCGUGGAAAUGUGCAAAAACUUUCAUAUCACCACUCGUGAUUUGUCUCUCCGUUUCUUCGUGGAAUUGAAACGACACAACUACGUCACUCCAACAUCCUACUUAGAGUUGAUUAGCACCUACAAGACCUUACUCAACCAACGACAGGAAACUGUGAUGAAACAGAAGACAAGAUAUGAAGUUGGUCUAGAAAAAUUAGCAUCUGCAGCAUCACAGGUAUCAACCAUGCAGGUAGAGCUGCGAGAUCUGCAGCCGAAGCUAGUUGUUGCACAGAAAGAAGUUGACGAAGUGAUGAAAGUCAUUGAAGUGGAUUCUGUGGAAGUUGCUAAAACAGAGAAGAUUGUUAAAGCAGAUGAAGCUGUUGCAAACGAACAAGCCAAUGCAGCCAAAGCCAUAAAAGAUGAAUGUGAUAAAGAGUUAGGAGAAGCAAUUCCCAUUCUUGAAUCAGCUUUAGCAGCAUUAAACACCCUGACACCACAGGACAUCACUGUGGUGAAAACCAUGAAAAAUCCACCUGGUGGUGUUAAAAUGGUCAUGGAAGCAAUUUGUCAUUUGAAAGGCAUAAAACCGGAGAGAGUUCCUGACCCUGCAACUGGUAAACGCAUUGAGGAUUUUUGGGGACCGUCUCGAAAACUGCUAGGUGACAUGAAGUUUUUGGAAUCACUGAAAACUUUUGAUAAGGACAACAUACCAGCUGCAUACAUCAAAGUCAUAAGAGAUAAAUAUGUCAGUGAUCCUGAAUUUGUUCCUGAGAAAAUUCGAACCGCAUCCACUGCAGCCGAAGGUCUAUGUAAAUGGGUGGUUGCUAUUGAGGCUUAUGAUAGGGUAGCAAAAGUUGUUGCUCCAAAAAAGGCUGCGUUAAAAGUUGCUGAAGGAGAACUUGCAGUUGCUAUGGAGAGCUUGGAAAAGAAACGAAGCAACUUGAGAGAAGUACAAGACAAGCUUGCUAAGUUGCAAGAAACCUUUGAGAUCAACACAAGAAAGAAAGAAGACUUGGAAAACCAGGUUGACCAAUGUAGCAAGAAACUUGAUCGAGCUGAGAAACUGAUUGGAGGGCUAGGUGGUGAAAAAGAUAGAUGGAGCAAGAGUGCUUCAGAGUUGGCUGUUAUGUAUGAGAAUCUAUCUGGCGAUGUGUUGAUAUCUUCUGGUGUGGUGGCUUAUCUCGGUGCAUUCACGUCGAACUACAGACAGGAACAAGCUGACGAAUGGACAAAAACAUGUAAAGACACAGGCGUGCCAUGUUCUGAUGUUAUCUCCCCCACAGUUACUCUUGGUGACCCAGUGAAGAUUCGUGACUGGAAUAUAUUUGGCCUUCCAACGGACAACUUCUCUAUUGAAAAUGGCAUAAUUAUCAGUAACUCGAACCGAUGGCCACUGAUGAUCGAUCCUCAAGGUCAAGCAAAUCGAUGGAUCAAGAACAUGGAGAAGGGAGCAGUGCAAGUGAUCAAAUUAUCUGACGCUGACUAUAUACGGACACUUGAAAAUAGCAUCCAGUUCGGAAAUCCAGUGCUUCUAGAGAAUGUUGGUGAGGAAUUGGAUCCUGUACUGGAACCGUUACUUCUCAAGCAGGUCUUCAAACAGGGUGGUUCAAUGUGCAUUAGACUGGGUGACAGCACCAUCGAGUACUCGAAAGACUUUAGGUUUUAUAUCACAACCAAGCUAAGGAAUCCUCAUUAUCCGCCAGAAACAGCCGUUAAGGUAACUCUGCUAAACUUUAUGAUAACACCAGAAGGUUUAGAAGAUCAAUUGCUCGGUAUUGUUGUUGCCAGAGAAAGGCCGGAAUUAGAAGAAGAAAAGAAUGCGUUGAUUCUACAAGGUGCAGAGAAUAAAAGGCAGCUAAAAGAGAUCGAAGAUAAAAUUCUAGAAGUGUUGUCAUCGUCAGAAGGAAAUAUUCUCGAAGAUGAAACUGCCAUCCAAGUUUUGUCUUCUUCCAAAGUAUUAUCCAAUGAGAUUGCUGAGAAACAGGCUGUUGCAGAAGAAACAGAGAAAAAAAUUGAUCUUGCUCGACUUGGCUAUAAACCAAUUGCAAUUCAUUCUACAGUUUUGUUUUUCACUAUUGCUGACAUGGCGAAUAUCGAUCCUAUGUAUCAGUACUCGUUGUCAUGGUUUAUUAACUUGUUUAUCAGCUCUAUAGAUAACUCAGAACAAGCAGAGGAUCUGAACAAGAGGUUGCAAAAUCUCGAGAAUCAUUUCACAUAUUCGCUGUACUGUAAUAUAUGUCGAUCUCUGUUUGAGAAAGAUAAGCUUUUGUUCUCCUUGAUCCUAUGCAUCAACCUUCUGAAACACAAAGGCGAAGUAAAUGAGUCCGAGUGGAGGUUUCUUUUGACUGGAGGUGUUGGUCUCGAUAAUCCAAACGAGAAUCCAAGUCAUUGGCUUCCGAAACAAUCAUGGGAUGAAUUUUGCAGGCUUUCUGAAAUUCCAGUUUUUGACAAGAUCCACAAAUCGAUAAAGGAAACGGAUGCUGGGUGGAAGAAGAUUUACGACAGUAACGAACCUCAAUUGGUCGAGUUACCACAAGAAUGGCAUGCAAAGUUGAACGACUUUCAGAAGAUCGUUGUCUUGAGAUGCAUUCGCUCUGACAAGAUCGUACCCGCCGUUCAGAAUUUUGUUACAAACAAAUAUGGCAAGAAGUACAUAGAGCCUCCUCCUUUCGACCUGGCAAAAUCUUUUGAAGACUCAAGUUGCUGCACUCCAGUUAUCUUUGUACUCUCUCCUGGUUCAGAUCCAAUGGUUUCACUGUUAAAAUUCGCAGAUGAUCAGGGAUUCAGUGGCGCCAAACUCAGCUCACUUUCACUUGGGCAAGGUCAAGGACCGAUAGCAAUGAAAAUGAUCGAGAAAGGUGUUAAAGAAGGAACAUGGGUUGUAUUGCAAAAUUGCCAUCUCGCAGUUUCUUGGAUGCCGACGCUUGAGAAAGUGUGUGAGGAUUUGGAUCCAGAAAACACACAUCCUGAUUUCCGCUUGUUCCUAACUAGCUACCCAUCACCGUCAUUUCCGGUGACCAUUUUACAAAACGGGGUUAAACUUACCAACGAACCGCCCAAAGGACUUCGUGCUAACAUUAACCGAUCGUACCUUAGCGAUCCUAUAUGCGAUUCAGAAUUUUUUACUGGCUGCAAAAAACAGUUUGAAUUCAAGAAGCUGUUGUUUGGCUUGUGCUUCUUUCAUGGUCUGGUUCAAGAAAGAAGGAAAUUUGGUCCUCUCGGUUGGAAUAUACCUUACGAGUUCAACGAAACAGAUCUUCGAAUCAGCGUUCGCCAGCUCAGCAUGUUUCUUAAUAAUUACGACGAUGUUCAAUACGAUGCGUUGAAGUAUUUAACUGGUGAAUGUAAUUACGGCGGCCGAGUGACAGACGAUCGUGAUAGACGCACUUUAAUGACUAUCCUGAACACGUGUUAUGUUGAUAGCAUUAUUACCAGUGAGAAAUAUCCCUUUUCUGAAAGUGGAUUGUAUUAUGCUCCACCUGAUGGCGAGUAUGAGUCAUACAUUGAAUAUGUGAAAACUCUUCCGUUGAAUCCACAUCCAGAGGUAUUUGGUAUGCAUGCGAACGCAGAUAUUACGAAAGACCAACAAGAAACGAAGCUCUUAUUCGAUAGCAUUUUGCUUACACAGGCUCGUGCAACAUCUGGUGGUGGCAAAUCUGAUGAUGACGUCAUUGGAGAGGUUGCUGAAGAUAUUCUCAGUAAACUACCGAAGAACUUCGACACAGAAGCUACAUUACGUAAAUUUCCUACCACCUAUUCACAGAGUAUGAACACGGUAUUGGUGCAAGAGAUGAACCGUUUUAAUAACCUUACUGAAGUCGUUCGUUCCAGUCUCAUUAAUCUCAAAAAAGCUAUCAAGGGGUUGGUUGUUAUGUCCUCCGAAUUAGAAGAAGUUUAUUCCAGUAUCUUAAAUGGCAAGAUUCCAGGCUUGUGGCGAUCAAAAUCUUACCCCUCCUUAAAGCCUCUUGGAAGCUACGUCAACGAUUUGCUUGCCAGGUUAAAGUUUCUCACAGACUGGUAUGAUAACGGCGCGCCAAAUGUGUUUUGGGUUUCCGGGUUCUUUUUUACCCAGGCUUUCCUUACAGGAUCUCAGCAGAACUAUGCACGAAAAUACAAGAUUCCCAUUGAUUUGUUGGCGUUUGAUUAUGAAGUGAUGAAAAAAUCAGAUUUUCCAGAACCACCAGAAGAUGGUGUUUACGUGAAUGGACUUUUUAUGGAAGGUGCGAAGUGGGAUAAAGACAAUAUGGUACUGGGAGAAUCUGUUCCGAAGAAACUUUAUGACGAAAUGCCCGUGAUGUGGCUUAAACCUUGCAAGAAGGGUGCGCAAGCGAGUCGCGUUCAUUACAACUGUCCUGUGUACAAAACUAGCGAAAGAAGAGGUACUCUCUCCACGACUGGUCAUUCAACAAACUUUGUAAUGGAGAUGAGAAUCCCGUCAGCUGUCGAGCCUGCUCAUUGGAUAAAAAGAGGGGUCGCAUUGUUGUGUCAGCUAGACACGUGAAAGAAACUUUAGUUAACUUUGUAUUGUUUAAGAAUUGUUUUGCAUUUUUCUGUAAAUAUGAAUGAAAAUAAUAUAUAUGUUUUAUGAAAA